CACCAGACACCUCCUUCCAGACACGACGGGGAGGGAGAUGCGCGACCGCCUCAAGCCACCGAGUCGGGCCGAGGUCGCCCGAUACCCAUUUGUUGGGAAAGAUGUGUUCGAUGCUUACACAAACAAGUUGAAAAAUCAGAAGACGGAAGACUGAUUUAUACUGGGAAUUUGGCCCAAACAGUAUUUGGUGUGAAAUGUUUCUCUUAUUCUACAAGUGUGAUCAGCCUUACAUUUCUACCAUACAUUUUUGCCCAAAAUAAUGUUGUAUUUGGAAGUCUGCCUUUGCAAAUCUUAUUUUAUGGCAUCAUAGGAAGCUUUACAGUGAUCACUCCAGUCCUGCUUCACUUAGUUACAAAAGGCUAUGUCAUUCGGUUGUACCAUGAGGCCACGACAGAUACUUACAAAGCCAUUACUUACAAUGUUUUGCUUUUAGAAACCAGUACUGUGUUUCAACAGAAUGACGUGAAGAUUCCAAGCAGCACACAUCUGUUUACCACAUUUUAUGCUAAAACAAAAUCACUGUUAGUUAAUCCAGGUCUCUUUCCAAACCCCAAAGACUAUGACCAUCUAAUGGGUUAUGACAAACCAUUCACUUUUGAUAUGGAAGAACCCAGUGAAAAGAAACAGCUUGAAGAUGAGAAAUGAGUCUGUUGUUUUUAUGUUUGUGCUUAAAUGUGAUUUAUUUUCCCGUGUAUAAUAAUAAAAUUGCCUUUACUUUUGUUUUCUAUUAGUGACUUAAAAAAUUGAAACUGUAACAAACAACUUUUGAUUGAUUUUCA